GUAGAAGGAAACAGCCGAGACUUCCAAAGCUUGGGGCUUUUGUAUAGUUUAGUCUGUUUUAUAUAAUCUCAGCAAUCUUAGAUAUUUUUAUUAUUCUAGCGUGCUUUUAGCUAAAUAGCAAAACCUGAUUGGCACUUCAAAGCAAUAGCCUAUCUCGUUUUUCGGUAGCCACCGCUAAAAUUAGCUAGGGUUGCCAAUUUACUGCGGGAUAGCACGCUAAUAAAUAGAUAUUAAAGUGUUUACCUCGUUUGUUCUAGCCAAUUCUCUCUCCGCAAUUAUCACGUUUAAUCAGUACCCAGUCCUGCGACAUCUGUCCCUGAAAUACCAGUUACCCUAGAGAGAUAGCUAGAAAAAUGACGGCAGUGCAGAUUAUCAACAUCCAGAGGUUAUUGGAAGCUGCAGAAUAUCUCGAAAGGAGGGAGAGAGAAUGUGAACACGGGUAUGCUUCGACGUUUCCUUCAGUUCAGGACGAAAACCACAACAGACAAAGGAAAUUAAAGAACAAGAAAUGUCACAAUGGUCACAACAGGUCCACGCACAACGAGUUGGAGAAGAACAGACGAGCACAUCUCCGGCUGUGUUUGGAGAGACUGAAGGCACUUAUACCGCUGGGACCCAACUGCAGCCGCCACACCACCCUGGGACUGCUGAAUAAAGCUAAAGCACACAUUAAGAAACUUGAAGAGGCAGACCGGAAGGGCCAGUCUCAGCUGGAUCACCUGGAGAGGGAGCAGAGGCACUUACAGAGGCAGCUGGACCAGCUGAGGGCCGGGCCCGACGGCGAACGCACGCGCGCCGACAGCGUAGGCUCCGCCCCCUCGUCCGAACGCUCCGACUCCGACCAAGAGGAGAUCGAGGUGGACGUGGAGAGUGCGGAGUUCUUCCAUGGGGAGGGGGCCCGGCCCUGCAGCACCAGCAGCAGUGACCUGGACGACCACAGCAGCCGUCAGAGCACAGCCAGCGACGAAGGCUACUCCACCUGCAGCGUCAAGCUGGCCUUCUCCUCCUAGAGCCCACAAUGCACCUCGCCGGGAGAGCAGCACCUCCGGGGGAAACUCCCGUUCAGAACGACUCCUACAGAUUUAACGCUCUCUGAACAAACGUACAAAAAAACAACCACAAAAAAAGCGCAAUCGCUACAGGUAGUCAACACUCAUACAAUGUAGUUUGUCUUUAACCAAAAAGGCUUGGUUCAAAGGAAUAUAUAUACUCAUUUCAUGCUGAAAUGAUUUUAAAAAUUGUAACUUAUUUUUGAACGUAUUUGAAACCGAUGUCGCAUUUGGAAUUCAGCCUUCAGGUGCAUUUAGAAAAAAGGCUUAAUUUUCAUACAGAAGAAAAAAAAAACUGGAGAACUGCAUUUGUAGGUUUUUAGAAGGUUAUGUUUUAAUCAGAUUGGUUUGUUUUCCAGAAGAUGGGUCUCCCUUUAAGUCGGGAUCUCUGGUGUCUGAUAAAGAUCUGUACCCAGGGCUCAAAGGUGGUCACCUGUGCCAAUAAAAAAAAAAAAAAAAAAAAAAAUAGUAAUAAUUUGGGCAUCAGUAAUGCGGGAUCACAGUUUAACAUGCAAGUGAUGUAUGUGUGUUGAGCUCUUUGUGACCCAAGCAUUGCUAGCCACAAAGUUAACACUUGAGCAAGGUGCUACAUAAGAAACCAGCAAACGGAUCAAACGCCCUGCGAAUACAACAUAGGGUGCCUACAGAGUCUGGCAAAGUCCAACAAGUGAAGGAAAAAAAUGAUCUGUAGCCCUGAAUGUGGGGGUUUUCGGGGGUAGAUUCUAAUCCUAGAAUCGGAAAAUGUGGUUUUAGUCACCAGUUCAUAUAAGCUAUCCUGCACUUAUCAACUCUGUAACCGAUACUGAACCAGCACCAUCAAACCUUUUCUACUUGACGUCUCUCUUAACAGUAAGUCGGAAGCAAUAACACUCCUAGGCAUUUUGUCUGGACUUUUUUGUCCGUUCCUUUCCCCCCAAAAUGCAGCAAAAUUUACUUGCUAGACUUUGUGUGUGUAUAUACUAUAGGUUUAAUUAAUUUAAAAUAAACAGAAAAAAAGAGAGGAUAUUUGUAACCAUAUAACAUGUUGCCAUCCGCUUUAUUUUGUGUUUUCGUGUUUUAAAAAUUGAAACUGCUCAGUGUCGGUUCUUGUCAUGGCUUGACAUGGGCAGUAUUAGGAGGUUCAUUUUGCUGGCUAACAUCGUUCCAUGUCACAAACGACGCAUUUCAGUGGGAACGCAAUUACUGUAGGAUAUCAAUGCGAAGGCCACUGGACAAUUUGCUAGUAAACGCUUUGAGAGUUUAAGCUGUUAUAAUGUUUAUUUGUAUUGUUUUCUUUUUUCUUUAUUUUGGGGGGUGGGGGUGUGCUGGGAGCUUUGAAUAUUGAGUCUGAGUAGACUAGGUUUUGUUGAACGUGUUAAACAGAGCUCUAAAAUGUUUUCACAAAUUGCACUUCGAAAGUCCACCUUUGUCUUCUGACGUAGUUUUAAUAAUUUCCCAAUGUGCUUUUUCUUGUAUGGAAAAAAAUAUUGUAUUGGGUUAAACGUGUAUUUAUUUAAAUACUCAGCCCUUGCAACUAACUUAUUGGCUUCUUUACGAUACCUGCUGCUUUCGAGCCACAUUCCUACUUCCUAUUUUCGGUUAAACUGUGGCAUUAUUGAACAAGUUGGCAAUUUUGCUAAUUUAGAUAUAUAUAUUUGUUUUCUUUGUUUUCUUUUCUUCUGAUGGUACUCUCGCAGAGCAACAUCACUGUCGUUAUAGUUAUUAAUAGUAGUCAUGUUAAUUUAUUUGGCAGUCACCUUUGUCUUUGGUGAAUAAUAACACUCAAAAACACAAGUGAAUCAUUAUUCUCUGUACAAUAAAGCAGUUCCUUUUACUUCUGGAAAAAGUAAAAUGAAACCCCUUCUGACACUUGAUAUAGCCCACUGCUGUAUACGGGCAUCUCUUAGGCACAGGUGUUGGCUGAGGUGCGGCCAGCUUAUUUUGCUGUAUCUCGUGUCUACUGAGUGUCUCGUAAACUUGAACCCUCAUCUAGACUGAAUGACUAGACGUCUAUCAAGGGAAUUUUAAACGGUUGUCCUGAAAAUACAAGUAUGGUACCAGUAUAUAUUUUUAUUGGUUUAAUGGGAACACGUAACACACCAGACAGUGUCGUCGCCAGCAAAGCUGUUUUCUCCAUGGGAUGCACUGCUGGAAAAUGAUCCAGAAAUUCAUGCUCAAGUUCUGACUUGUACAUGAUUCUGCCUGCUGUUGCUGACUGAUAAAAAAAAAAAAAAAAAACUAAUCGCCAAAUGUGUCUUAACAUCCCAGAGCUGACUCUUGCAUGAGCGGGUUAUGUCUGUUGUCUUUUAUUUUGGUGGAUUUGUUUUUAUUAUUUUGUAAACUGCACUAUGAAAAAAAAGACCCAUGUGAAGAAACUGUGUUUCCAGUUCCACACCAAAGUGUUUUAAUUUCUUCUUUGUUCAUGCUAGAGGCCAUGAAAGUCAGCUGAGGGAGGCCAUGUUACUGGCCCUCUGAUGUCAUUUCCUGUAUGUAUUGGGCAGACACUAGCAAGGGAAAAUGGGUUAAUAAAUCUGUUCCAUCCAAAUGAUA